AUUUUAUAAGAAACGUAUAAAUAAGUAUCCUAAUUACUGCAACUUGCCAUAUUUUUGUGUCUUCCAGAAACUUGUAGCUGCCCUGAAAACGUAACGGUCGUCGAGAAUCCAAGUUCCCUGGACGACGAUCACAUCUCGUUGUCUAAAAUAAUCGAGGAACUAGUUGUUGACGCUUGUGGAACUUGUCACGCCUUUGGCAGAACAAAUUUAAUUAAGGUAUCGGAUUCAGAAGGAGACGUGAAUAUGAAUUAUCUGGUUGUAAUAGCUAGCGGGAGCUUUUCAAGAGGCAAGUUCGUAGCUGUGAUUGAAGUGCCUGGUCUAGCUGUUGUGCAAAGAAAGUCUAUUCCAGGUGGCAUGGAGAAAGUGAUGGCAGUAUCGGUGUUCAGUUCGUGGCCGGUAUUUGCAGUUUCUGGAGUCAUGACCAUCUUGGCUGGUUUGGUGAUUUGGGUUUUGGUAAGAAUAACUUUAAAACUUCUACUGACUCCUUAAAUUAAAUACAGAAUAAAAAAAAUUGCGCGUAUUACGUGAGUAUUUAUUAAGGACUAAGGUUACAGUUGUGGUCUUUAAUUUGAAUGUACAUUAAAGGUCCAAGUACUUCUGGAUUAAGUAAAUCUCUUAAAUGCCUCAUACUUCAUAUGAAUGCAAGGCAAAAUAUGAUAAAGCUUGAGAAAUAAAAUAACAAGCUUCAACCGAUUUCGAUGAAGAAGGAGGGAGCUGAAAGAAGCAUUCAGAACUGAUUAGUGUUAACAGUUUUUAAUAGGGUGCAUCAGAUAUCUGAUAUUUCCUGGUCAAAGAAAUCCAGUAUCGAUCAGAAGGAUAUUGUUAGUACUGAACCAGUACCACUGUUUCAUAAGGACAGAAAGAACAGAUAUGUCUUGUCAUUAAUGAAAUGCACGCAUAUCGCUACCACUAAAACGAUAAAAUCUUUAGGCUGCCUAACACUGAACAAGUGGGCUUGCCCAGUAUCUCUAUCUUGUAAAUUGUUUUCUAUUAAUUACAUAUUGUGGCCUGCCAGGGCUAGCCUUUUGGUUAACUGUGGGCCAAGAAAUUGCAUAUCCAAAUAACAGCAAUAAAAUUUGGUGAUCUUGUCUAACAGUAGAAAUUUUCUAUGAAGGAUGUAACCACCAAUCCAGAGGAACUUCCUCUGAUAUUUUAUAAAGGUGCCGGAGAAGGGUUUUGGUGGGCAUUUAUCACCAUGACAACGCUCGGGUAAGUAACAGGCCUUACUGCAUGAGGUGUUGAUGUUAGCUACUCGUAUAUGUUUUGUUUACAUCAGAAAAGACAUAACAACAACAGGAAUAAGAUCAAAGUCCACAUUCUAUUGAAACCUAAGCCAUCUAAUAUCAGAGAAAGUGUCCAACCAAACUAUGCCUUUACUAGUACUCUCUUUCAAAAGCCGGUAAUCCAGCUUUUACGGCUUUCAAUUCCGCAGUACACCUAGGUAGUACUAAAUUAAGCAAAGUCUUGAAGACCCGCUCUAUGAGAAAAAUGUGACUAGGGUAACCUUUUAAGAUCUUCUUGCAGGUAUGGAGACCGAAAGCCAAAAUCCAAUAAGGCCAAGGUCUUCGCCAUAAUAUGGUUUUUAGUUGGCCUUGUCGUGUUUGGUCUCUUUUCCGCUGGUUUGGCAUCAGAUUUGACUGUGGUUGUUAAGGCUGGGGGAACACAGGGCUCAGGCACAAGCAAAAUCAUAAAAGUAAGUCAACACAUCUCAGAAAGAGUUCAUGAACUCGAAUUCUUAUUAAUAAGCUAUUUUAGCGUAGACCUUUCGAAAUUGCAUGGAUUAAUUUUCUUUUACCCUGUAGCCUUUUCUAGGCUCUCAGUUAGUAGGGUCUGCGCUAAAACGGGGGCUCAGUGUCUCCCUAGUACCCACACGUUUCUUUUUGCUCUGUUAAACUACUUUUAUAAGGUCUAGAACAGGCUAUUAAUUAAAGUUUUUUGUAUUAAUACAUAUACAGAUUGCCACACUAAAUGAUUCCGCUGAAAAGCAAGUGGCAGUAAGACAGCUGAUGAACAAAUUUCAGCUUAGUAAGUGCCUUUCUUUAAUUUAAGAAGUCAAUAUAACUGUUCGAGAAUGCAUUUUGUUCGCACCUUUUAUCGUUUUAAUGGCGAAACCAGUUUGCUUCUUUUUUAAAAAAGUACAAAUUGGGUAUCCAUAAAGACGAUUACGUUAUACAACGUGAAAUUUCCAAAACGUUUUACCAAUGCAUAUGCCAUGUGGCAGAACCUUUGCAAAUCAAAGCCCUGUGUAUUUCAAGUUGAAACAAGAAACCAAGCCAGUGACGCCAGUACCCUUACACAUGCAUACAGACAUAUCUUACUGGCAAUUCUCCUGACAUUGUCAGCCAUAUACAGUCAAGGACCCGUGAACAAACCUUACAGCAGGGAUCUGACUGCCAUUUCAUGCUGA